AUGGCGCAGCCUCCACCAGCCUCUUUCUUCGGGGCCGUGGCUCCGGGCAACCCGGUGGUGGACAGAUUCGAGGCUGAACUGCGGGAUGUCCUGGGCCUCCUCCGGCGGCUGGGAGGCACGGGCGAGGCCAAACCGCAGCAGCACAACCUGCACCGCCACGGAGCAAAUACUUUGUUUAAUAUUUGGAUCAAAUAUAAGACUCGAUUGCCAGAGUGGUAUUAUAACGAAAAACUUCUGAAAGUUGGUGAUUCCCUUGCUCAGAUCAAAGAAUAUAAGUUGGCACUUCUACAGUGCUAUGGAAGAUAUCUUCAACAGUUCAUUUCUGUAAACCUUGAUGAUAUUACAGAUGAUGUACAUCAAUUUAAAUCCACCUUUUUUCCACAUGGUUUCAGAGACAGAAAAGCAGCUCUUACGUUCCAUGCUUUGCAAGAGAGAAAUGUUUGCAUUUAUCAGAUGGUUUGCAGCAGUGACAGAAAUCUCCAGAAUCAAGAGUCCCUGAAGACUUGCUUCAAUGUCUUGUCCUCAAUAAGACUCGUUAUGCAAGUGGCUCUACCUCAGGAAAAUUUGUGUUGGCUAAUCUACAAUGGUACUGUUCAGAUUUACACCAUAUGCAGACAUUUGAUGAUGAUAGGUCAAUCUGCUAAGGUCUUGGAAUACUUAGUGUGGGCCAGUGUAUGUAUGGAAUCAUCCAUUCCGCUCUUAUCUGUGCAUUAUUUGACAUGGAGAACCACCCUAUAUACUGCAGUUUCUCAGUGUUAUUUUGAUUGUCAAGAUGGCAUCAAUGGAGAGAUAUUUGCUCGGCGUGGUCUCAUUAAAAUUGAUGAACUGAAGAAAUUGGAAGUUACCAGUUCUUCCCUGGCAAAUUCAGAGACAAGCAAGAUUUUUAGAGAGGCCACUGUAAAGAUGUCAGUAAUGAUAUUCAAGAGAGCAGUAUAUGAACCCAGAAGAAAGCAAAAAACUGACUUUCGACCUAAGUUAAGAGUUACUCUGAAACAAACACACAAGUUGUCACGGCCUCGCACUACAACUGAACAGCUGCUGACAGAAAUGUUUGAUGGUGUUGCAGCUCAGUUCCUUGCUAUCCUCGAAGCUCUGUCUGAUAGUAGCAGGGGUGUGUGUCACCCUGUUCCACCUCUUCCAGAUGAAACUGAAAUUCAUGAAGUCAUUACAGAGCUUUUUUUUGCAGGCCUGGAAAUCCUCUCAGGUGGAGUGAUCGGUACUGGUGUUCAAGGAAGUAAUUUUGGUAUAAUUAAUGCAUCAUCAACCCUUCUGCAGUUGAUACUAACAGGAGAAAAUGGUGUGUCUGGAGAUGCUGCUGUGAAAUUCAUAAAACUGGCUUAUAGAUACGAAAAAUGGGACGUGUUUGCUUCUGCUAUUGAAUUUGUUCUUAAUUUUCUUCAGGCUCAAGAUGAUCCAACAUGGAAGAAAGCUGAAAUGGAGCUCAAACUUCUUACACUAAUGCAAUCUUUACGAUUUCCAAGAAAAUUUAAGCAUGGUUUUUCUGUUAGUGAAGGUAAUACCAUAGAAGCUAAGAUGUCUGAUGGUUCUGAAAAGAAGCAGACAUUUAUGGUGAGUAUAGGGGGUUCCUUAAAGCCUGGAGAGCCUUCUCAUGAUCUUAUCACUUUGGCAACGACCCUAUUUUCCUGUGUUUCCACAUCUAAGCAGAAUAUCCAGCCUGAUGAAGAAAUACUUGUUGAUGUAAUAAUGUUUUUGUGGCAGCAGUGUAAAUCAGGACUUGAGCAAAUAAAAACAAGUGGAAAUGACUACUUGAAAUAUAUCUACAAAUACAAAGCUUACCAAUGGGUUCAUAUACUCUGGAUAAUAAAUGAAGUAAUUCAAAAGAGCAGCAUAGCAAACACUAAUGUUGUUAUGCUUGCAGAGGUAACCUUGCAUCUAACUGCAAUAUUGGAAAACAUAGCUGAUUCUGCAAGUAAAUCUAAGACAAAAGCAGGAAAAAGAAAUGCCUCUCUCUUGCAAGGUGAAACCUGUGAUAUGCCUGAAAUACUGAUGAAAAGUUCUACAGAACAAUUGCAAAUUGCUUAUGAAAUUCUUGAAAAAGCAAUUGAUGGAAUGAACACAUCUCACUUAAUGACCCUUCUACCAGAUGGAAAGUCGGUAUUUGACAACUGCUGUACAAAGGUGGACUCAAAUGAUCAGAAUUUGAAUUCUGUCUUGGGAUGUGCUAAUAAUAACACAGUAACAGGUGAUAGUUUUGUAAUGGAUUUACACUUGGAGCUCAUUCAGGCUCAACAUCGAGUAGCUGUGAAACUUCUUAAAAUUACACAAGAUGCUGAAAAGGAUGAUGAAAAUCAUAAGUCUAGCAAGUUUCGUGUGAAGGAUAUUAAAGAUUUACAUUAUUUAACAGAGGAAUUUUUAAUGGGAAAAAUAAAAAAGAAUAAGCUGUCCAGAGCAAUCUUUCUGAUGCAAAAGGCUGUACAGAAGUUCCCUAAAGAGUUGACCAGUUCUUCCCAACGGCAGCUACUAGAGGAAGCACUAACUUUCAUUGAGCAAGUUGAAGCUGAACAAAGUGCAUUGUAUCGCAGUCUCAAAGAAGCUAUGAACAGCAAGAAAAAAAACAGAACUCCUCCUCCUCCUCUAUUACUUUCUAGAUCACAUCGCUGCAUGACAUUUAAACCAGCCCCAUUCUCUUCAGAUAUUCAGGUAUCGUGGUACAGUAUUUUUGGUUCUGUAGCAGGAGGAAGUAAUGUGAAAGUAAGGUUAAAUAAUGAUAAACUUCGAAAUGCAGGAGAACAGAUACCAGCUGAUGGGAAAAGCCUCUUGGAAAUACAAGGCUUAGAACCCAAUGAGAAAUACAUAUUUGCAGUUGCAGCAUAUUCUUCUGAUGGAAAACUUAUUGGUGAUGCUAUUGGGGAAAUGACUAAGCCAAUCCUUGCCUAUCAACCUCUUUCUGUCAUUACUGUUCGAGCCUAUCUAACUCAGGUAGCCUAUCAGACGGGCAACUACACAUUAGCCAGAGAGGCAUUUUCACCAAUGUGGAAUUAUUUUGUUUCACAUUCUUCUCCACUGCCUGCCAAUGCAGCUGUUAUUUCUGCAAGUAGUAAUUUGACUAUAGCUGAAAACAGGUUACGAUUUGAAGCUGUAUCUCAGAAUUCUCUUAUUGCCUUGAAACUCUUUCUGAGGAGUAUACUUGUUGUUUGUGACAUUAAUGUCAUGGAACGAGCACUCUUCUGUGAUUCCAUCUGUUCCCAUGAGAUACUUUAUAAGGAGCAAGUUGCUAGAUUAGCAGAAUGUGAAAGAUUGACUGUGGCAAUUGAACUUAGCAAUUGGUUGAAUGAUGCAAGUUACACCCUACAGUCUGUUGUACAAUGUUAUGGUCUCCUUGCUCCAAUUAUUUAUCACAAGAUUUCUUCAGUGCCAGUAGUUCAGAUCCUCAUUAAGUGCUUGGCUGUCCUUCAAGAAAUUCCAAGUGCUACUUUGCAGAGGACGCAGGAAGGAUGUUAUGAAAGUAUUCAGCAUAUGAUAGCUUGUACUUCAUUUUAUACAGCAAAGGUACUGCGUUCAUGGAAAGAAUAUGAACUAGCAGUAAUUAUUAUUAACUACGGGAAAAAGUUAUUGAAUUGCUCACCAACCUCACUCUGCCUGUCAGGAGCUAUGAAAACUGAAGAAUCACACUAUGACAAAGAAUUUAAAGCCACUUCUGCAAAGACAUCCCAUUUAGCUGCAAUGGAAAAAGCAACAGAAAAUUUAAAUGCUCUUGAAUCACAUCUCCUCAAGCUGACAAAACCAGCUCGUGGAUUGCAGCUUACAGGAAAGGAAGAUCCUUUGUUACUCCACCCUGUAAUUUCAUGUUGGACAUCAACAAGUGCUUAUCAAGAAGUGAUAAAAUUCAGAAACAAUCCACGUUUUCUUGAGUUCUUUGUUCAAGUUUUGCAUAAAAUCCUGAAUGAAGAGAAGUUUCAGGAUGUUCUGGAAUGGGCAGAAGAUGUGCAAGUGUACUUGAAAAGGAGGAACGACCAACUUCUCUGUAUCAAUGGAGUUUCAACACAAGGAAAAGGUUCUCCCAAAGGCACUAAAAAACCAGAGGCAUCAACUUUGGAGAAACCAGGAAAAAAACUUUUGAGUCCUACUCAAAAAGGAGAGACCCUUAGACAGUAUUUCAUGAAACAUCCAAGCAUAGAGAAAUCUUCGGAAGAACAAAGGAAAUGCAAGAAAGAGUUGCAAAAAGCAGCUCAUCACACCUUAGUGGUACUGCUGAAACCAAUUGUGAGUAAUUACUUAGAAAAAAAGAAGUUUCGUCACAUGUGUCUUGAAGAGAUGCCCUGGAGGUCUCAGAUGAAUAUCUAUCUGGCAGUUGCACACUACAGCUUAUUUAAAAAAAAUCUGGAAGAGCAAUGCAACAUUGGAAUUUUUGGUUCACAGCAUCUGGACAGUUACAAUAUUUUGGAUCCUGAAAUAUUCUCAUUAAAUAAUUGUGGCACGAUCGUGGUGAGAGAAGCUGUAGAGAACAGCAUACCACCAACUCCUUCUGUAAUUAUAGAGUCAGGAAUGACCAAAGAACAAACUGGUAAAGAUAAAUCUUUUAAGCCCAGCAUUAAAAUAAGUGGAACAAAUACUCCUCAAACUCAAACUACAGACACAGAAACAUCUGUCUCUUGUUCCCCCAGAGAAUGCAACCAGUUCCUGCCAAAUACCAUUUUAUUGGAGCAUUUUGCAAAAAUCUUUUUGCAUUUAAAAAAAGCAGUGGUUCUUGCUCACCGUGGUGGCCACUGGACAUUGCUUCAAAAUGCUUGUCGCGAACUUUGGAACUAUACUCAAGAAUUACAGUUCAUUGCUAACUGUUUACAUUCCCAAAUGGAUACAUUUCCCGUUACCAGAGAUUUCCUUAGGAACACCAUCUGGUUCCCUUUUUAUUUGGCAUCAGACAUGAUCAUUGACAUGAUAACUGAACUACAAGCAAGUGCAUCUCUUAAGAUUGUGGAUCCUGAAGGAGACUUCUGCAUUCCCAGUUGUUUAGGAGGUAUUAUGGAUGAAAAUGGCGGUUCUGGUCUUCAUCCACAGUCUCCUCUGGAUGAUGUGAAUGUGGUUGACUUGAAAUGGAUAUGUAAUCUGAUUCUUAAAACAAUAGAGUUGUUAUAUAAAAUGAAGAAGUGGGAAGCACUGGUACACAUAGCUGUACAAUUCAAUGUACUUACACAUGAGAGGUAUACAGAACAAGUGAGUCCACUGCUGGUGUAUGCUCAGAGGCAGCUGCUGGAAAGGAUACAGCAAUCCAGUGGCUUGGACAGCCAUGAACCUAAUUUCAUAAAAUAUCUCUCUAAUAAUGCAGAUAAGAUUAAUUGCAGAAACUACAUAGGGCAGAAAAUACAGCUGCCUGUUGCCAGUUCUGCUAGUGAACAGAUUUUUCCUGGAUGCUUUUUCUACCCUGAGAUGAAAAAUGACUAUGCAGUGAGUACAGCGAAAGCCCUAGUUUCUGUACCUCUUGAUGUGAAUGAUACACUGAAAUGUUUUAGAGAAAGUCUACAAAAAGCUAACUGUCACAGCAGAGCACUGAGACACAGCAGAAAACUGCUUUCAUUAUUUCUUGCGUACACACAAGAAAAACCUGGAAGAACAAUCAGCAGUCAAAUUUCUUCAAGGAAAAGGCUGGAAGUUGAUGCAGGAGCUGAAGUGAUGUAUCUACCAACACCAUAUGACCUUUCUCAAGAAAAAUUUCGAUUUUCCAGUAGGAUUGAGAGUAAACCAAUACCACACACACAUCUUUCACUAAUUAUCACUUCCUAUGAACAAACAAUUGGCAUCCUUGAAAUAAACAAACAAAGAGACCUCAAGGUUCAGGCUCUACACGAACUUGGAAAUCUUCACUUUUAUGUUGGGAACAAAAGAGCUGCUUUUAAAUAUUGGUGUCAAGCCCUUGAUGAAACACUCAACAUUCCUGAUGCACUAAGCAACUGGCAAGAGUUAUGUUUUCCAAAAAAUGCUACAGACUGCUUUACAGUUGGAAGAUUGACUGAUAUUAGUCAGAAAUUUCUUUCUCAGGCUGGAAUUUGGGGAUGUUUACAUGCAGCAGUUUUAGUGGCUAAAAUAGCUCAGUAUAUAGCAACAUCAAAGAUAAGCUUAAGAACCAAAUACUGCUAUUUUUCUGCUAUACUUUUUAAGACCUUGUUUAGAGCUUCUCUUCCACAUCCAACAUCUGACUGUGACUUUGCACAAUAUGAAACAAAUAUGCUUAUUCCUGGUAUUGACUUGUUCUCUGACCGCUACAGAGGUGAUAUCUCUACUGUGGUUGCAAGCCUGAAUUUCCUUAUGUUUGAACUACAUUGUGCAAAACAAAAUUUAAUCAUCUUACCAUUGUUCACAUUAUACCAAUACAUUGUUUCUGAAAUUUGUAAGGACCCAGUUAAAUCUAUUGAAGGAAGAAUCUUCAAGAUUAAAGUACUAACAGAUAUAGGAUUUUUUACGGAGGCCUUUCAUGAACUGUCUUUGCUUAACUGUGGAGAGAGAAUUCCAUGGAAAAUACCUGCAGGAUACAGAAUAAUUGAACAAAUAAUGGCCUCACAGCAAUUUGACUCCUCAGAAUCUCUCCUGACUGUUACAAAUUUACAGGUACUGGAGGACAUAUUUAACCGGAAUCUGUCUUUAACAAUGGUGCCACUGUGCAACCAAAACAUAAUGAAUAAACUAACCUUAGUCAAAAUGCAUUUAAUUAUUUGCCUUUCUGCCACAAUAAAUAAUAUACCUGAAAAAGUGGAAAAACACAUAUAUUUUGCUGAUACCGGCAAGCUGAAGGAGCCAAGCACAAUUACAGGACCAAAAGGUAAUGCUGGUAAGAAUGCUGAUAAGAAUUCAAGACCACAGGAACAAAACGGCACAAUGAUGCAGCUUGUUCACUCUAAAGAUAAAUUAAAUAUGGCCAUGCUGAAGGGGAUUCUACUGACAGAAGCUAAAGAAAAUCUUAGCCAUCUUGUGCAGAACAUACAGGACAAAUAUGAUGGGGAGAUAUCUCAGUGUUCUGCUGAAGAUUUAGAGGUUCUUCUGGAGGCCAAACUUGAGCUUGCUGCUAUUUUUCAGCAAUGGCAUCAAGCACCUUUCAGUGCUGCUUUGGCUUUUUCUGCAAUUCGACUUCUCCAAGAUGCAGAAAUUUUUAGGAUGGAAGAGACACAUUUUAAAGAAGAAAAUGAUGAAAACCAGUGUUUGGACUCUUACAUCAAAGACAUUCGACUGCCUCACAAUGUAACAGCACAAGAUCAUAUAAAUGUACAUCUAUGGCUAAGGUGUCGUACAACGUUAGUGACUGCCCUAGUAGCACAGAUACAUGGUAUUGGUGAUAUGGAAGAAAAUUAUGUGGCUGAACGCAGAAGUGUGCUGAAAGAAGUAAUACUAGAGUCAGAAGCCUUUGGUGAUACUGAGACUCAGGCUGAAAUGAUGGUGCAAGCUGCUAUUCUUGACCUGCAAGAAAAACGUCCUGUGGCAGACGUUAAACUUCUUGUGGAGAGUAUCAUCAGUUUACUCCAAGAGGAUACAUUAAUUUCCCCUCCAGCUUCUUUGACUCUUGUGAAAAGUAUGCUUCUGCUGGCAGACAUACUAACACUGCAAACAGAAGAUACAGAACGAUGCUCUUCUACACUGGAACCAUUAAACUUACUAAUUUUGGCACACGAGCUUACCAUUAAAGCAAUUUUUGUUUGCGGGGAACCUAUUGAACAGCAAAUAGAUGACAGUACCUUGACUUGCCUGGUCCUACCUACAAAAAAUAUCUACCUGCCACACAUGAACUUGCUAGCCCAAGUCAAAAUGAGAAUAGGGCACACAUUAGCUGAAAAAGUAGCUUGUACACCUGCAAGAGGAGACCCACUGCAAUGGCUAGGUGCUCUCAAACAUUUAGAAUCAGCAUUGAAGCUUUGCAGAGCAUCUGCAACUGAAAGAAUAGAUCUGGAAGCUGAACUUCUUUUUUGGAUAGGUAAGGUAGAACUCCAGAUAGCUGAAGCAAGCAAUAGCAAGUCAUCUCAAGCUGCUGAAACCCUGAUGGAAGCCAUAAAACUCAGCCAACAACAUGAUCAAAAAUUUGAGUUAAUAAGAAGAUCAUACCUUGAAAUAGCACUAUCAUAUUUGCAUUUUGCCACAAAUAAUGAGGAUGUGUCACAUACAGAUAAGAUGGUGCCUUCCAAAUCAAACAUUGCUUCUGGAGAGCUUUCUUCUCCCAAGGAGUUUCCAAAAUCAGAAGGCUGCAAAGUACAAGCCUGGAUUGCAGUAAGAGCAGCUACACAGGUCAGUGAAGCUGUACUUGAUUCUAAGCUAUUAGUUGGAAUGAAGAGUAUUAAAGAACACAGCAUGAAGGAUGCAGUACGACAGAAAAUCCCAGAAUUUGCUUCCAUGGAUCUUCUUGCUUCAUACAGAGAUUUUUUGUCUGAUGGAUAUAAUGUUAUCUCUGAAAGUCCCAAAGUGUUUUAUACUGAAACUGAGCAAAUCAUAGAAGACAAGCAGAGCCAAAGUAAAGGAACAGAAAGUCUUGCCACCAAGGCCAGACAGAAGAAACAAACAAUAACAUGGAUUCACUUAAUUCGCUACCACAACUAUUUAAAAAGACUUUAUAAUACAAAUCUAUUUGCUGCCCCUGACUCAGGACCUGGCUCAUUUUCUGCAAGAGAUGGACACCUUAGUUCUGUUUUUGACACAGGGAUUGUUCUACGCAUAGCAGAAAUGCAUUCCUUUCUUAAAAAGCAUUUGGUUCAUUAUUCAGUAUGUUGCCUUGAGAAUUUCCCAGAAGAAUUAUGUGAUGUAGAAUUGCCACUUGAUAGGCCAGCAGAUUCUUCGAAGGUGUCUCCAGGAAUAUCUUCUCCAGUUUCUGUUGUCACAGAAGCAGAGCGUCAGAUGGAGAGUAGGGCAGCAAAUGCUCCAAAUAAGGAAAUUAACAUUCAGUGGUACAUUCCUUCUCUGGCAAAGCCAUCCAACGAUACAGAGGCUAAGGUUUUGCUCCUUUAUGCUUAUAAUACAAAGCCUGUCAAGAUUAGUGACAUCAAGAAUUUCAGUUCAGUGUCUAUAUUUUCAGGCCACUUGUGGAUUCCAUUGUCUAGAAUUAUUUGUUUACGGAGGGAACUAUCUAAUCUGAAGCAGCAAGUUGAGGUGUUGAUUCAAAGUUCUAAAAGCUUGUCUUCAGCUUCAGAACCCACAUGUUUCCAUGAACAAAGGAAAACUUUGGAAAUAACUCCUUCAAAACCCCCUGAAAUGAAUUUUGCAAAAGUGCAUCUUGAUGAAAAAACUGAAGAAAUGGCCAAAAAGUGUUUAUCUGAAGUCAAAGCACUGCUGUCUAUUGUUCCAGCCUUGUCCUUGCCAGUAACUGAGAUCCCAUUUGAUAUUACUUUGCAAUCAAUAGCAAGUUUGGAAGCUAUGUUUGAUCCUGCCAGUGGCUGUAGAAUAACUGAAGAAAGUCUUUUCAAUUGGAUCGUUUCUUUGUUUCACUAAAGUCUAUUUUUGCAAUUUAAUCAGUUGCUGAGUGCUACAGAUUUAGACUUAACUUCUUGUGUUAAUGAAACAACAUCAUUAAUCACAGUAGGGUAAUGUGUUUUAUAAUUUUCAUUUUUAUCUCAUUUCUAAUGAUUUAAAAUGAAUAGUUUAAAAAAUUAAAAUACAUUUUUAGGAAUUAAGUGUAUUAAAAGUAGUUCCUUAAUAAGAGGUUUAAAAAAAUGAUUUACUCAAUCAUCUAUAACUGAGUUUGUUGGGGGUUUUCUAGCUUCUCAGUAGUUUCUUAUUGUUUAGAGCAGCUGCAUAGUCUUGUAGCCUUCAGCAUCUGCUAAUAGAUACUGCUUUUUCCCUGAAGUUUUAUUCUCAUCAGCAAUUUAAUUACUUUUGCACUUAUUAAAAGUUGGUUUUAUUUCUGA